AUGACCUCAUGUUAUUCAGUUGAAAGUUGAGAGAACAUAUUGCUAAGAUCAUCUUGCAUUGAUAGAUACAACAUACUAAUUUUAUCAAUCAGAAUAGCAUUCUGCUGACUCUCCACCUGAAAAUGCUGAGAUCUAAACAAUUUUGGAUUUUGAUGACACACCUACUCCAAUUACUCUAAGUCAAAAGUCUCAUCCUCUGAUUCCACAAACACCAUCAUAUUCCUACUCGAUUUACAGUGAUUGCUUAUUAAUUCAGCAAUCCUCAUUUGAUCCUUCACUUUGAGCAAUCUCGAUCGUGUCUUACC